CAGAUAUCCUUGCGGCACGAUAAUGACAAAACUUCCCUCAUCGGCUUCCGUAUGAUGUCGUGGCUUAUGUGGCGUUUCGGCCAAAGAUCAGUGAAAGAGUUAGCAGAAGAGCACACAAGGGUAAAUCUCUCACAAUCAGCAACAUUUUUGGACACACCAAAGUACGUAAUACUCAAGGCAUCGCACGGAAAGAAAUAUGAGACGCGCAGGCUUGGGUGAAGGACCUCCACAGGGCAACUAUGUUGCCAGUGGUUACAGUGUGCACGAGGAAGAGAAUGAGCACUUGCAGGAAGGUCUGAGGGCUAAGGUCAACGCAUUGAAACAUUUGUCCAUUGACAUUGGAACAGAAGUGAAGUACCAGAACAAGAUGUUAACCGACAUGGACUCUGAUUUCGAUUCCACGGGAGGGUUGCUCGGGUCCACCAUGGGUAGGCUGAAGCUGUUAUCCAGGGGCAGUCAAACCAAACUCUUCUGCUACCUGUUACUGUUUGCUCUCUUCGUCUUCACCAUCUUGUACUGGGUCAUCCGGUUGAGGUGAUGUGACGAGACGCCUGACACAUAUCUCCCCAUCUUCCACUCACCACCAUCGCCCUGUGCCAUAUUUUCUCUCUCUGGAUCACUUCAAGGAUAAAAGCGAGAAAAAGCAUGCCGCCAGACUGUCAGCUGUGUUGACACUGUCACAAGAGUGCGUUUUCACCUGUAGAAACUUUUUUUGUUUGUUUGUUUGUUUGUUUUUAAACCAACUGUGCAAUGUCGGCUUGUUACUCGUCUGACUCCUGCCAAUAUGAAUAGAUGAAACACUGCCCUGUAUAGUUUUCCAACUUUUUUUGGAAAGUGGCAGGCUCGGGAGCCUGGGAGGUCCUUUGUGGCACCAGUGUGGUGACGCAGGUUCAGUCACUGACGUUGACAAUAACUUGUAGAUUUACCACUUUAUCCGAGUAAGUGAAGACCCACUUGAAUCAAGCUGGCUGGCAAAACGAGUCUUCUAAGAAGUGACCACGUCCUGAGUCAAUUUAGCCUUGGUUAUUAAAGCACCUAUGAAGUCUCGUCAGAGGCCUUGUUGUCGUAAUUUGAUGAAAUCAGCGCAGCGGACAUCAGGCUGAUUUGAUAUCAAUUAAUUGACUGGAAAAAGCAAACCAAAAGCUUUGCAUUUAAAUACAGAGACGUGAUAAUUCUGAUUCACUGUAUAUUACGGUAGUCCUGAAUAUGAUUUCAAAUAUCAAAUUGUGUUGUGACUGACCAACAUAGCAAGGGGUAUGUUAAAGGAAAUAAAGUCUUAGUAGUCAAGUGAACAGAUAAAUGUGCACUCAAACUGAUGAGCACAGCUCUUGUUCAACGUGACCAGAGAGUUCGUGUAAUUCUUUCAUUUUAAUGUAAUUUGUUCAAUGAUGAAGUCCUGAUUUACAGAUUCUCUAGUGCGCUGUCUGGCCAUGCCAAACUCCUUUGGUUAUGAUCACUGUAUGGCAGACACACAUUAAAGCGACAAUGAUUUAUAUUUUAUACAAAACUUCAUUUCUCAACACCAUUGUAGUUGCUAGCCAGUUAGCAGUGUAAUCAUAACCAAUUGCCAACGAUGGUUUUGGAAAAUGGACCCCUCAGCAACUUGGUUGCUUACCCGCCCCCGCCCUCUGACUCCACUUGAGGCCAAUGGUAUAUCCAGUAGGUCAUACAUGUUUUUUGUUUGUUUUUAAACACGGUGUUGUGAGGAGGGGCAAGACACUGGCAGCCAACCAUGUGAGCUAUUUUUUUUUGACCGACAGCGGUUUCCAACAAUCAGAGGUUGAGUUGUGCGCAGACAGGGGGGAAACUAAAAUUGAGAACCCAUGUAUAGCUACCGACAGAAGCUACGAGGACUGAACACCUCCCAACCACCUUUACAUAAAAAAUUCUGUUGCCGUGGCAUUUUGCCUGUGGAAAAGCAUAUUGACAGCUCAUUGCUGGAGUUGUAAGAACAGUGCGUGUGCUCUGUUGAAAUUUGCUGUAAAUUAUUAGUUGUAAAUAAGAGGAACAGAUGACUAAAAUAAACAUUUUCUGUGUAUUA